AUGGUGGACCACGGUGUCAGUCAGAGUACUGUGACCGUAGCAUGCGUCAAUAGUCCCUCAAGCGUCACACUGUCGGGAGAUCUUGACGUGAUUGAGCGCCUUGAGAAAGACUUUUCUCGGGAUCAGAUCUUUGCGCGGAAGCUAAAGGUCAAAUCGGCGUACCACUCUCACCACAUGCUACCGAUGGCGCAGGAAUACCUAAAGGCUCUUCAAAAUAUCAUUCAGCCAAAGCUUAAGUGGCACAAGAUUAUUUACUCUUCUCCCGUCACUGGCGACCUCAUUGACAGCCCCGAGAAGCUUGACCCCCAGCACUGGGUCAACAAUCUGCUCCAGCCGGUGCAAUUCUCAAAGUCUUUUGAGAAGAUGUGCUUUGCGACGAGUGCCGAGGAACCUGCCGUUGAUUUCAUUCUAGAAGUCGGUCCGCACUCGGCUCUAGCAGGUCCGAUUAGGCAGAUAUGCAACGCUCCGGGCCUGAAGGGCAUCAACCUGCCCUACGCGUCCGGUCUAACCAGAGGCCGGAACGCCGGAGUCACAAUGCAAUCUGCUGCAGGAGCUUUGUGGUGUGCGGGCUAUCCCGUUGAUAUAGCAGCCGUCAACUGCCAACAAUCUCGCGAGAAUCUCCGCGUCAUCGCAGACCUUCCUCCAUACCCCUGGAACCACUCGAACCGUUUCUGGCAAGAAUCGCGUUUGAAUGUUGCCCAUAGGCAUCGGAAGCAUGUGCGCAACGAACUCAUCGGUUCCUUGCUGCCCGGUCCUGCAUCUACAAGUCCGAUGUGGAGGCAUUUUCUCAAGGCUUCUGACUUGCCUUGGCUCCGAGAUCAUCUUGUGCAGUCGGACAUUGUAUACCCAGGUGCCGGCGGUAUCGCCAUGGCGAUUGAAGCCCUGCGUCAGUUCUCUGAGGUUUCUGAAGAGUCUAUCGAUGGAUACUGUCUGAGAGAUAUCCAGAUCAGCAACGCAUUGGUCAUUCCAGACACCGAGGGAGGCAUUGAGAUCCAGCUAUCUUUGCACCCAUGCAACAGCAAGAAUCUGGAACCAGGCUGGUACGAGUUCUCACUAAAGUCACCAAGCUCUGACGGCGAGUCUUGGACCGAACACAUCAACGGCUACAUCUCUCAGCGGCAGAAGCCGAAUAUCUCCAUCACUCCGGUGCCAAUUUCAAACGGCCAAAAGGCAGAUCUCGAGAAAGAUUACUCACGCAAUGUCGAAUCUGACGUCCUCUUUGCACGACUGAGGAAAAUGGGACUUCAUCAUGGCCCGACAUUCCAGAAUAUGCUCAACAUCCACGCCAGUGACUCAGGAUCGAAAUUCCAGUUCAAGGUUGCAGACGUGAAGUCUGCCGGUAGUCAUCUGCUCCAUCCCACAACGUUGGACUCGAUCUUCCAGGGCGCGUAUGCUGCCUUGCCUGUCGAGUCUUUCCAGGACUCAAUGGUGAUGCCCCGGGCCAUAGAAGAGAUCUUCGUGUCACAACUCAUCACCUCAUUGCCUGGGACACGGUUCGAGUCCCUUGCAACUGUCAAUCGUCUUGACAAAUCCGGCUUCCAGUCUUCGGUUUCCACUCACGACCUGUCUGUUCCAGGCACAACCCUUUUAGAAGUCAAGGGUCUCUUUUGCCAGGCUGUGAGAGGUAUCAGCGAGGGCCAUCAUAGCCACGAGCCGCCGAAGCUUCUUUUCAAGAUGCAUUGGCAUCCUGACGUGACGCUCAUGCCAUUAUCAAAUUUGAAAGAUCCGCUCAAGUAUAAGAUUGACUCCAAAGAACUUUCCGUAAACAAGAAGCUGGUCCGGGCAGCGUGGUACUUCAUCCAAGACGCAAUUCAAGACUUGAGUGCAGAUGAGACCGCGCUCGCCAAUAUGGAGUGGUAUCACAAAUCGCUCUACACCUGGAUGCAAUGCAACUAUGAAGCUGGACUUGUCGGCACCUUGACGCGCGGAAGCGCCUCGUGGGCCAAGACGAGCAAGGGCAUGAAGCAUAUGCUGUUAGAUGAGGUUGCUUCGGAGAGUGUGAACGGACGCUUGCUGUGUCGCAUCGGCAGAAACCUACCCAAGAUCCUGAGAAAGCAAGCUGCGCCGCUGGAAGUCAUGAUGGAGGGCAAUUUGCUCUACGAGUUCUACGGCAAAGCUCUUCGUUGCAAUCGAUCCUACGACCAAGUACAAAAGCUCGUCCACCUUUACUCGAUGAAGAAUCCUCGUGCCAAGGUCCUCGAGAUUGGAGGCGGAACUGGUGGAUGCACAGGAUCAGUCCUGAAGGGACUGUCUGAGGAUACACCCGACGGCCGGUACCGCUUUUCGACAUACACAUUCACCGACGUCUCAACUGGAUUCUUUGAAGCGGCGUCGAAGAAGUUUGCGAGCUACGGCGACAUGAUCAACUUCAAGAAGCUUGAUAUUGAAACCGAUCCCGUGGAGCAGUCCUUCGAGGCUGGCUCGUAUGACCUCAUCAUCGCCUGCCAAGUGCUCCAUGCCACCAAGAACAUGGAGACGACGAUGAAGCACGUCCGCAAGCUUCUCAAGAAUGGGGGAAAGUUGGUCCUCGUCGAAACCACAAAAGACACGCUUGACGUCCAACUUGUCUUUGGGACACUGUCAGGCUGGUGGUUGGCAGAAGAACCCGAACGCAAAGGAGGCCCGAACUUGACCCUCAGCCACUGGGGUCGGGUUCUCGAGAACUGCGGGUUCAGCGGCAUCGACUUGGAUGUUCGAGACAUGGAGGACGACGCGAACUAUUCUUUCAGCGUCAUGACUUCUACGGCAACCACCACGCCUUCAUAUCCUCAUGAAGUUGCCAUCCUCAGCCCACUAAUGGGAGUGCCAAUGAACUGGACGAAUGAGCUUGAGAAAGCGAUUCAGUCCACCACGGGUGCUAUAACCACGACUUCAGACUGGACGUCUAUCGAUGCCACGGGCAAGGUGUGCAUCAUGCUUGUUGAAAUGAUCGCUCCCUUCUUGAGUCGGCUGGACCGAGAAGAUUUCAUGCGCAUUCAACGUUUGUUGACGACUGCUCGAGGCGUACUGUGGGUGACACGUGCCGGCCUCAUCGACGGGUCCGAGCCUGAUAUGGCUUUACAUUCUGGUCUUCUACGAACACUACGAAUGGAAGACGCCGGCCGGCGAUACGUCUCCCUCGAUCUCGAGACUACUGAGUCACCUUGGUCUACCAAAAAUGCGGGCUUCAUAGUGGACGUUCUCAAGACUUCAUUCGACUUCUCUUUCGCCCAGCAGGAGGUCGACUGUGAAUACGCUGUUCGGGACUCGCUACUUCAUGUGUCCCGUAUCUACAACCACGACACGGAGAACAGGGCUUUGGCACCAGAGUCCGUCACGCCCGAGCCAGAGCUCAAGGAGUUCAAGGCCACUGACCCAAGCAUGGAUCUGAGAAUGGAGGUUGGCACCCCUGGGCUUCUAGACUCUUUACGGUUCAGAGAAGUCGAACAUUGUGAUGCGGCGUUGGAGGCCGACCAGAUUGAGAUCGAGCCUCGCGCUUUUGGUCUCAACUUCAGGGACGUGCUCGUCGCGCUUGGCCAACUUGACGAGACCAUCAUGGGCUAUGAGUGCAGCGGGAUCGUUACUAGACUUGGCUCAGAAGCGAGGGAAGCCAGUGGUCUAAGUAUCGGGGACCGAGUUUGCGCCAUUCUCCGCGGCCACUGGGCGACCAGGGUCUCUAUCAACUGGCCAUGUGCCGUUCGGAUACCCGAUAACAUGUCGUUUGAGGAAGCGGCAACGAUCCCCAUGGUGUUUGCCACGGCGUAUUACGGUCUCUACGAUGUUGGCAGGCCCGCCAGAGGCGAGACUAUACUUGUCCACGCCGCAACCGGGGGAGUCGGGCAAGCUGCCGUGAUGCUCGCUCAGCAACGGGGCGCCAAAGUCUUUGUCACAGUUGGCACCGAAGCCAAACGGGAAUUUGUGAUGAAGGAGUUUUGCAUCCCCAAAGAACACAUUUUCUCGAGCAGAGACACAUCUUUCGGUCCCGCUCUCAUGGCAGCCACCAACGGCAAAGGAGUCGAUGUCGUCCUCAACUCGCUCGCCGGCCCGCUGCUGAAGGAGACGUGGAACUGCAUGGCACGAUUUGGUCGCUUUGUGGAGAUUGGAAAGCGGGACAUGGAAGCAGCGAAAAACCUGGACAUGAGCCCUCUACGACGUGCCGUUUCUUUUGCCGCGGUGGACGUAUUCCAGCUGGGCAAGUACAAGGGCGGCGUUCUUCAAGACGCCCUCUGCGGCGUCAUGGAGAUGUUUGAGAAGAAGCAGCUUCGUGCUGUAGCUCCAAUGACAACUUUCUCUGCGUCAGAUGUAGACAAAGCCUUCAGAUUGAUGCAGAGCGGCAAGCACAUGGGCAAGAUAGUUGUAGUACCGAAGAAGACGGACUUGGUCAAGGUUGUUUCUUCUCCAAAAGCAGCACGCCUGUCGCCCGACGCGUCAUAUCUCAUUGUGGGCGGCAUGGGCGGCAUCGGCCAGUCUAUUGCACGAUGGAUGGCCAGGCAUCUCGGUUGCAGGAACCUAAUCAUUCUUUCCCGGAACGCAAGCAAGCAUGACGACUGCGUGCCCCUCGUCGCGGAACUCGAGUCAUUAGGAUGCAGAACCAUGGUCCGAGACUGCGAUGUGUCAUGUGAAGCUGAUUUCAGGCGUGUCAUUGCCGAUGCUAGGGGGAGAUAUCCGCCUGUUAGAGGAGUGAUACAGGCUGCCAUGACAUUAAACGACUCCAUCUUCCCGAACAUGAAGUAUGAACAGUGGCUGGCUGCCACAAGCCCCAAGAUCUCGGCGACGUGGAACAUCCACAACAAUCUCCCAGAUCUCGAUUUCCUGGUCCUGCUCUCAUCCUUGACGGGCCUUGGGGGCAAUACCAGCCAGGCAAACUAUUCCGCCGGCGGAACUUUCCAAGACGCCUUCGCCAAAUACAGAACCUCGCAAGGCUUGCCCGGAGUUUCUAUCGACUUGGCCGCAAUCCAGGAAGUCGGCUUCGUCGCCAACACUGAAGGGGUUGCGAACCGCUUGACCAAGACUGGUCUCGCUGACAUUGACGAAGCUACCCUGCACAAGAUCGUUGAGACGGCCAUCCAGAACCCGCGCCGGCCAGUCGACCUCAGCCAGCUCAUUACGGGAAUCUUAGAGUUCGACGAGACCUCCACGGUCGCCUGGGUCAACGACAGGCGCUUCUCAUCCGUGCAGUUGAAUCACACGGGUCCAAGCGGCUCGCGUGGCCGGACUGACCAGCAACCCGGCGCGGCGGCACGUCUGUCUGACUUGUUGCAGUCCGCGACGAGUGGCAUGGACGCAGUGGCCCUCAUCCUGGACGCCAUCGUCUCAAAGUUGGCCGACAUGUUUGGGCUGGACGUGGCCGAAAUCGACAAGAAACAUCCCGUCUCCAAGUAUGGGGUUGACUCGCUCAUCGCAGUCGAGUUACGCAAUUGGCUGGUCUCCAGCGCCGGGGCCGAGACAACAAGCAUAUUUGACGUGCUGCAUAGCCCAAGCUUGAGUGAUUUGGCCGAAAAGAUUGGAGAGAAGAGUCGCUUUGUUGCGAGCGUGGUAAAGCCCGCAUAG